GUCCUUGGAACAGUAUCAUUUCACGCUGUGUUGUAUGAUUUUGCAUAAAAAAUUGGAAGUACUUUCGGACACACUUGGCUGAAGGUUUACUUACAUUCUAAUUGUGACUGUCUACACGAUUUUUAAUUAAUCUGGGCUUUAAACGUUCGUGUAAACUGAAGCGGAAACGAAACAUUACUUGUGGUGACGUGAACGACCAGAAAAAUCACAAAUUGUUUGUGUUUAUGGUGUAAAAAUAUCACUUAUUUUAUGAACGGACAUAAAUAUUGUUUACUGUGACUUAAUACUCCUAUGUGGACUUGUAACGCUGCAAUCGGAAUACUCUGGUGAAGAUGCUACUGGACGGAAGUUCACCAGAUAUGCUAGCACAACAAUCCAAGGUGUUGUUCGAACUGAACAAGUAUUGCAAUGAAAGAGUGGCAACUAGACAAAGUGGAGUUGUUAAAACCAUCCGUGAGGUAUGCAAGGUUGUUCAAGACGUUCUCAAAGAAGUAGAGGUACAGGAACCUCGGUUUAUUAGUAGUUUAAAUGAAGUAAAUGGACGAUAUGAAGGGUUAGACGUAAUAUCGCCAUCAGAGUUUGAAGUUGUGUUAUACCUAAACCAAAUGGGAGUGUUCAAUUUUGUUGACGAUGGUACAAUACCCGGGUGUGCAGUUUUAAAGCUAAGUGAUGGAAGAAAGCGUUCAAUGUCAUUAUGGGUGGAGUUCAUAACGGCGUCGGGGUAUCUGUCUGCCCGAAAGAUCAGGUCACGGUUUCAAACUUUGGUUGCGCAAGCUGUUGACAAAUGUAGCUACCGGGAUAUAGUCAAAAUGGUGGCGGACACGACUGAAGUAAAACUGCGGAUUAAAGAACGUUACGUUGUUCAAAUCACGCCGGCAUUCCGUUGCGGGGGUAUCUGGUCACGUAGCGCUGCACACUGGCCUGUGCCACACGUGCCAUGGCCGAAUCCAAACCUUGUUGCAGAAGUCAAAACAGAGGGAUUUGACCUCCUUUCAAAAGAAAGCAUUUACAUGAAGGAUAAACAGAGUGCAGCUGAAGGAGACGCUUGGUCAAUGUCAUUCAAAUAUGCCGAGGACCGACUUCUGUACGGUGGGUGCCGUCGAAAAUGUUUGAGCAUUCUUAAAGCGUUUAGGGACCGACAUUUCGACGUACCUGGUCAACCAAUUGUGGCGUAUCACCUAAAAACUUUGUUACUUUAUGAAUGUGAAAAACAUCCACGAGAAAUUGAAUGGGACGAUACCUGUUUAGGGGACAGAAUCAAUGGGAUCUUGUUGCAACUUAUCUCAUGUCUACAGAACCGACGUUGUCCGCAUUAUUUCCUGCCAAAUGUGGACCUGUUUAAGGGAAAGUCUACAACUGCCAUGGACAAUGCUGCCAAACAAUGUUGGAGGGUGCUUAGAGAACUUCUCACAAAUCCAAAAAGCUUAGAAAAAUUAUGAACACAUGAUGGUCACAAAAUAGUGAACUGAACGCUGUUCUAUCGUGACAAGACGAUGUCUUCAAAAAGUGCUAUAAGAGGAAGUUUCUUAUAUAUAGUGUCAGUUACGGAAGUAUUUAUUUCCUUAAACAUUUUAUGAUUCCGUGAAGGAGUUAAAUAACUUCACUGUAAGUGUUCUAUAUUAUCAAUUUUCACAACUGGCCAAAAAUGCUGGCAUUUUGUAAGCAAUGUAUUUCAAGUGGAAUAUGUACGUUUCACCCAUCUGUUUAAUCUUUUACUGAAAUAAUAACUUUACCAAAGAUUAUUAAAUAUUAUUUUGUUAAAUAAACGAGAACAUGUGUUGCGUAUUUACAUAGAAGACUAGUCCGGUACUCGUACAUUUUUCAAGCAUCUGAUCUUAAGAAAUUCAAGUUCCAAAUGGUGAAUCAUUAUCCAAGUUUGCAUUAACUUUUAACUUUCUCAUCGAAAUGACCGAUAUGCCUAGAAAUGUCCUGAAAUAAUUUGAUGCAAAACACUGAAAAUUUAAAUGCAAAGUUUUGGAAUGCGUUACAAAACAAACACAAAAGUUUUAAAGCUGUUUAACGCUUUAAACCCGUCAAGCACUUGACAUUUAUAACGGAAAAGGGGAAUGUCUUUCAAAGUUUUAAACAUUUGGUAUACAUCAAGUUUUGGGUUAAUGAAACGCGUAUAUAAAUAAUUGUACAAUAAUGUCGCUUUAAGCCAAAAUGGCAUAAAUGUUAAUAGUUGGAACUAACUGUUCAGUGACUACUAUUUUUUUUCAAUGAAUAUUUAUUACUCAUAUAAAGCUCGAAAAGCCAUGUAAUGAUGUGUUUUAAAAUUAUGAAUUGUUUUACAGCCUGUAAAUAAAAUUUCAUUUUCAAAACAGCUUAUAAAAUUUCAAAAGGAGGGACAGCGACAUACAAUAGCAUUUGCCCUAUCAAAAAAAAAACAAAUAAAAUAAAAAAAAAGUGGUGCUACGUUAUUUAAUAAGGUGGGACAGUGUACCGUACAACCAACAUGCUUAAAAAUUUCUGACAGGAGCUUUUGAAUAUUAUGUAUAAGGCUAUAUAUUCAUAUUUCUCUUCUUUUUUUUUUUAAGAGGAAACUUUUCAAACUUGACACUUUAAAGUACACCAAUUUCAAAAAUCCUGAAAUUUGAUGAUAAAUGAAUUUGUUAUCGAGUCAGCAUUAUUGUGUUUUUUGAUUCCAAUUGUUAUAUCUAUGGUCUACUUAAUGAUCAAACUUUCAGUAUUUUGAUUGUAUGUUUUCAUUUCGAGAAAAAAUUAAAUAUUGUAUAUUUAUUAUGAAUGAAUAAAAAUUUGUUCACGUUGAA